UUUGUUCAUUCAGCCACUAGAAGGCGACCAUCAAAUCAACUGCACAUCCCGCGAGCUUUGCAGAUCUCUCGUUGUUUGUUUACAACCUGGGAACUUCCUGCUUGCUAUUAGCUUUGGUCGUUGUAAGCUAACUCGGUGAUUAACCAGACACACUUUACAAGUCGGCUUUCAAGAUGGGAUGUGACGGUGGCACGAUUCCUAAAAGACAUGAGUUGGUGAAAGCCCCCAAAAAAGUCGAGAAGGUUGAUAAAAAUGCAGAGUUGGCUGCCCAGUGGAAAUACUGUGCCUUGAGCCAAGAGAAACUCCGACGCCCCAUUGUUGCCUGUGAACUGGGAAGGCUCUUUAACAAAGAUGCUAUAAUUGAAUAUCUUCUGGAUAAGACUGCUGAGAGACCCAAUACUCAGACUGUUGCUCACAUCCGUGGGAUCAAGGAUAUAAAGGAACUGAACUUGACUGAUAACCCUGAGUGGGAGGGAGAGAGAAGGAAUACUAAAGGAGACCGAUAUGAGGACUUCAACUGCGGCAUGUUCAUUUGCCCUGUUGUUGGGUUGGAGAUGAAUGGCAAGCACAGGUUCUGUUACCUGCAGACCUGUGGCUGCGUCUUUUCUGACAGGGCCCUGAAGGAGAUCAAGACAGAUAUCUGCCACAAGUGUGGGGACGCCUUUAAAAAUGAGGACGUCAUUGUGCUCAAUGGGACUAAGGAUGAGGUUGAGAAGCUGAAGGAGAAGAUGGAAGAGAGGCGGACCAAAGCCAAAACUAAGAAAUCAAAGAAGAGCAAAGCAGCUGAAUUUGUGUCCACACCAUCAGAAUUAAAAGAUGACACACAAGCUCCACAAGUGGAUGUAACCGAGAGCUCACUAGAAAAUGGUGAAAGCAGCCAGUCAGCUGUGGCCGGAUCCUCCAGCUCCUCUAAAGGCACCAAGUCUUCAACUUCCUCCGCCACCAAAAGGUCCGUCCAGGAAAUGACUGAGAAGUCGGAGGUCUUCAAAUCCCUGUUCACCAGCCACAGCUCUGCCAAGCGCACUAAAGAUCAGACAUCCAACUGGGUCACCCACACCCCGUAUCACUUCUAGUAACUGUCACUCAGAGCAAAGAUCACCAUUUUUAGAUUGCUCCAGAAAUUGUGACCUAUUAACAAUCCAUUACUGAUAAAACCUAGUUCUACAUACCCAGCUCCAACACACAUAUACAUCCACACAGGUGCACACACAUUGCCUACAUGACCUUUAAUUAUUUCACCAAUGUGUGGACUCCCAAUACAUUUCUUCAGUCCCCUGUAGCUUAGUGUUUACAUGUUGUGAACAUUUUGUUAAUGACUCCCCAAGCUGUUCAGACUCUUUGUUUUGUAACCUUCCUCCCAAACGUAUUCCCUAGCCUCUCUGUGUUCUCAGUCACAGGUGCUCUGAGAAUUGAUGCUUAAGUGACUUUAUUAUCUCUGUCACUCUGCUGUCUCCUAGUGGACACAGUGUAGCUUUUCAAAGUGAUCUCUACGUGGUUGGAAAACUUCAGUUACACACAUUUACAUCUGCAUCUUUAAAGAAGGUCCUACUGUGAGCUGGAAUUAUUUACACCCCCCCAUUAUCUCUAUCAGUAUGAGCUUGGCCCACAUUUCUUUAUUGUAUAAUGUAUUUAACAUGUUUAGUACAGGACUACCAAGUGAUUUGUAAUAAUUUCAUGGGUAAUUUUUUUUUUUAUUCUUCAAAAGUGGGUUUAAAAAUUAUGGUUAACAGAAAGACAGUUUAAAGCAUCUUGCUUAUUUAUUGAAGCUUCUGAUACUCAUAAAUCAACAAAAGUGCACAAAGACAAACAUAAGUAGUUGUAGUGUAACAGGACAGGAGGAAACAUACUUUUAACUUAGUGAUCUUCUUUGUUUUUGAGCAUCACAAUCUUCAAUAUUUUCCAAAAUGCUUCCAACUGUCUGCGUAGCCUAAUAUAGUAAAAUUGAGUUAUCAUAUUCUACACACUGGGCGAUUAAAAAAAAUGAAAAUAAAAAAAAUACGUCUUUCAUAUUUGCAAUUCAAGUCAUUUAUUUUUCUUUUAUAAUAGCAAAAGCCAAAAUAAAUUUCUAUUCAAUC